AUGUGCAUCCUGUUCAUCAGCACAUCUCAUCCUCGCUACUCCUUCAUCUGCGCCAGCAACAGGGACGAGUUUCUGCAUCGCAGCACGCAAGCAUUGCGCUGGCACAGAGGCACAGGCGGUAAAGGUGGAGCUGGAGCGCAUGCAGCCAGUCUCGAAUCUGCUCACAAGGCCCACGACUUGCUCAUCACGCGCACAGACGAGAAUGAGGCGAGCAAAGGAGGCGAAUGGCAAUCGCAAUCGCAAUCGCAAUCGCAAUCGCAUAGCGCGGCGGGGCAGCAGGAGGUGUUGUCGGGAUUGGACCUGAGCGCUGGCGGGACUUGGUUAGGCCUGACGCGAGGCGGAAGGAUAGCAGCUCUGACCAACUACACCGAGUCUGCUGCGCCACCUUUACCUUCGCAUUGCGGACUUGACAAGCAUCUUAGCAGGGGCAACCUAACGAAAGCUUGGUUGGAUGCUUCUUGGUGCGUGGGCGAUGCAGAGCAAGGGCACAGAGACGAUGGGAAACGCUACCUGGAGCAACACGUCGUCCCGAACAGGCACCUGUAUGCCGGUUUCAACCUCAUCGUGGGUCAUUUGCGAUCCGAAAAGGCAGACUGUGCAGCGGAGCUGUGGUACACUUCCAAUCGCAUCGAGCAAGAGCAGGCACUACCUGUGCAUUUUGAUGCAGCUGGACAGAUGGCAGAGCAAGUUGGGAGGCAGACACGAACGCAGACAUCGGCAGGCUUGAGCAACUCGACGUUGCAGGAGCCGUGGGAGAAGGUGUCUGUGGGAAGAAGAAAGUUUGAGCAGAUCAUUGCGCACCACGCUGCCAAGCGUGGCCCAGACGCAGACGCAGACGCAGACGCAGACGCAGACGCAGAGUCGGCCGAAGAAGAUGCGCUCAUCGAAGAAUUAUUCAGUCUGCUCAGGUGCGUUGGAAGGAAUGUUGAGCGUGCCUGCUUGAACAUGCACACACGCACAUGCCGAGCGCAAUGUGCUGAUUGAUGCUGGCGCCCAACGCGGCCCUCCACUUGGACUUUACAGUACCUCCUUGCCAGACUCUGAACCUCUCACACGAGAAAAUUUCAAGCGGUCGAUACACAUUCCGCCCGUUCGCUUGCCCGACAAGACGCAGAGCGUGCCGAUGGAUCCCAACAAGACUGCUUGGUACGCUACGCGCGUGGCUACGACCAUCCUCGUCGAGAGGCGAGAUGCAGCAGCGAGGGUUAGGGUCAUCGAGAGGGAUAUCUGGACAUUGGACCAGCAGGCAAGACCUGUUCGAGCUGACAAAAGAGGCCAGAGAGAAGAGCGAUGGGUGCUUUGA